AUGAAAAGCAUGAAAGCAGCAAGUGGUACGCUAUCUUUAGGUGGUAACGGAGCAGACGAUGGAGAUGACAGUAUAGUGCCAUCUACUCCAACUCUAUAUGUCCCAAGACGGAAUGAUGGGUUCGGCGAGGCGGUGGUGUCGCCGCUGGGCGCGGGCGCGGGCGCUGGCGGGGGCGUUGGCGGCGCGGGCGCGGACGCAGAGGCGGCGAGCGGCGCGCGCUUCACUUUCGCGGAGGGCGCCGCGUCGCACCACGACACGCACGCAGACCUGGCCGCCGCACUGCCUCCGCCGCACGCCGCGCCGCACCACACGCGCUCGCACACCGACAGACGUGUUGAAGGAAGUGAAUCUUGCGAAUGGGAGGAUUCACGCGCAGAAGAAGAGGCAGCUGCAGUCAGUUCACAGGGUAGUGAGCCUUCAUCACCGCACCAGCAGGGUGCGCAGAUGGCAGAGGAGGGGCGCGAAGCGGAAGCGAGCGCGCCCGCCAGCGCGCCGCGCCGCGCCGCCGCGCACGCGCCCGCGCCCUUGCCCGCGCCGCACCAGCGCUGGAUGCGCGCCGCCGACAGUGAAAGCGGACCUCGUGGGCGAGGUAUGAGGCCACGAGGUCGACCCUCAAGAAGAUCUCACUAUAUGAGGUUCUAA